GUUUCAUUUUCAUGGCGAUGGCAUUUGACAGACGGCGGCUGUGGAGCAGGCUACCAGCGCCACCCAAGCGCUGGCACAUAAGCGAAAGACGCAAUGCAAUCUCCCCGUCCGGGCGCGGGCGUGCCACCAGCUCCCCCCUUCCCCUCCUUCUUACUGUUCAGUAGGCUACACGCUCAGUGCGGUCCCCCCCAGCGCUAGUGGACACUCAGGCCGCCCAUCCCACCAGCAGGAGACAGCUACGGCAGCUUCCCACCACAAACCACCACGUCUUCCAGCAUCACCACCAAAACAAGCCCUUCCUCUUUCACACAGCACACCCGCCUACACACCCACGAUCUGCAUCCGCACCCGCGCCCGCAGCUGCAUCUGAGCAUCAUCGAAUAGCAUAAUCGUCAAUUUCACGUCGAUCGCAUUUGUCUAUUCCUUCAGCCCGCCCGCAGCUUCACCUCCAAACAGGCCUCUCGUCGCGCUGUUUUUCUCUUUUCGCCCAUCCCUCCUCCCUGCCCCACCGCCACCCAAACCCCCCCCAAGCUUCGUCGUGACGGGAAUCUAACAGCUUCCCCUGCUUACGCCUGCCGCUUGCAAUACAGCUUCGAAUCCGCGACGAGGCUAGAGACCGAGCCUCGAAAUUAUAAUGGACACCAACAUGGAGGAUGUCGGGCGCGUCCCGUCCGACCUGCCCUCUGUCCAGACCGAGCCUGCGACCGUCGGAACCCUCGACGGCUGGAUCGAGAGCUUGAUGAAUUGCAAGCAACUGUCCGAGGUGGACGUUCAGAGACUCUGCGACAAGGCUCGCGAAGUAUUGCAAGAAGAGUCGAACGUGCAACCUGUGAAAUGCCCCGUCACAGUCUGUGGUGACAUCCACGGUCAGUUCCACGACUUGAUGGAACUCUUCAAGAUUGGUGGCCCCAAUCCCGACACAAACUACCUCUUUAUGGGUGACUAUGUCGACCGAGGCUACUAUUCCGUAGAAACAGUCACUCUGUUGGUCGCUCUUAAAAUCAGAUACCCCCAGCGCAUCACCAUUCUUCGUGGCAACCACGAGUCUAGACAGAUUACCCAGGUCUACGGCUUCUAUGACGAGUGCCUCCGCAAAUACGGCAAUGCCAAUGUCUGGAAAUACUUUACAGACCUCUUCGAUUACUUGCCCUUGACCGCCUUGAUCGACAACCAGAUUUUCUGUCUCCACGGAGGCCUUUCACCCAGCAUUGAUACUCUAGAUAACAUUAGAGCCUUGGACAGAAUCCAAGAGGUUCCCCAUGAAGGUCCCAUGUGUGACCUCUUGUGGUCCGAUCCUGAUGACCGCUGCGGCUGGGGCAUAUCGCCUCGAGGUGCGGGGUACACCUUUGGCCAGGACAUUUCGGAAGCAUUCAACCACAACAACGGCCUAACACUGAUUGCCAGAGCGCAUCAGCUUGUCAUGGAAGGAUACAACUGGUCGCAGGACCGCAACGUCGUCACCAUCUUCUCAGCUCCCAAUUACUGCUACAGAUGCGGUAACCAAGCCGCAAUUAUGGAGAUUGACGAGCACCUGAAAUACACAUUCUUGCAAUUCGACCCGUGCCCCAGAGCAGGCGAGCCUAUGGUUUCUAGAAGGACACCUGACUACUUCCUUUAAUCUUCGUGCUUUCGCUGUAGAGUGGGUAGCAGGACGCCGGCGGCUGACUGGGGCCACAAGGAGGCGAAUAGACUGGGUCAAAUGGAUUUAUUCAAAGUAUUCUGCUAAUACAAGAGGGUGCUUUCUAGAAGGAAUUGCACCGAAAGACACGAACGAGCUACGCACGUUUUGUAGCUGGCGGUUGCAACUCUGGAAUAGCACGACGGCGUGGAUGUGCGUGGGUGGCUAGUGGCCUGUCGUUCCGACCUGUUACAUUAUAGAGUUUUACGAAGCACAGAGGUUCAAGGAAACGGUAAAGAUAAAAAAAGAAAAUAAAAGGAAGGAGUUUAUAAUCCAUCACUGUGCCCUUGCCUACAGCGUUGUUUAUUAUGUGAGUAAUGGCUGGAUAGGAAUCCAUCGAUGAUUUUUUAAAUACGCGAUUGCAAUGAAAGAUGCGUGAUAUUUUGAUGAAUGUCGUUGUAUAUAGAUUAAAACUAUCUGAUUAACUUCCAGUUGUCUCUUCUAGCUAGAUACUGAAAUGAUAAUACAAUGCAUCAAUGUACAUAUAAUGCUCUUUAUAUUCGUGAUUGUGUGGAAUUGUGUACAGGAAUCAUAAGAAGGUGGUGUAUCAUGGUUAGGCAUCGGCUUCGCGCUUCUCGAGUUCAGACUGGAGUCUGUUUUCCCACUGACGCUCCUGUUGGCGUUGCUCAGCGGCUGUGAUGGGACGAUCUUCAGUUACUGCCUCCUCAUCGGUCUUGGCAUUGGUGGAGUUGGCGAGACGGCUAUAGUCUCCCGGGGCCUUGCUGCCAUUGGGGAUAAGGAAGAGGCGAUCGAAGCGAUUGAGAGCGUAGGUAAAGACGACAACGAGUUCAAUGACGUAGUUGAAGCAGUAGUAGCAAGCCUUGCUAUGGAACCAAGCGGGAUCAGUCUUUGGGCGGACAUAGUAGGCAAUGCCUGCGCGGAAGCCAGCGCCGAGAGUGAGGAGCGCUGCGGUGAAGAGGACGAGGAAGACCUUGAAGCGCAUGGAGCCGGUGCCAAAGUUGUCAAUGGGAGCUGUGCGAGGCACGGCAAAGUUGACGGCCAGGAUUGGUAUGGGGAGAAAAGCGAGGACGGCGAGAUAUGUGACCGCAAAGAGCUGUACAUUACGGAUCUUGCUGAGAACGGUCGUAUCAAGCGUGUAGAAGCCGUAGACGGAGGCGAUGAUGACCAUGAUGAGCAUGCCAACAAUGCUGAAGAGGAAAAAUCGGAAGAAGAUCCUGCCAGGCGUGCUCCAGCCAAAGGUUGGAUGGUGGGCGCGCACUAUACGCUGUGUGAGGAGCAAAUUGACAAUGAAGAGCAGGACGACACCGGCGCUGGUGAGAACACCAGCAGCAAUGGCAAUGCUGGCGUUGCGAGGGUAUCCAGCCCAGACUAUGCGCAUGACGUUGGCGGCGAUUCGCGCCAUGGAGAAACCGAAGACAACAGCCGACAGGACGAAUUUUAUGCCGCGUUUUCUAUUGCGUUGGAAUAUCGUCAUGUUGAGUGCGGCAGAGCAUAUGAAGAGCGCAAUUAGGACUGCUGAGAUUGGUGCGUCCACGUCCAGCGUCGGUUGGCCACCGAGACCUGCACCCUGUGGUGCAUAAGGAGGACCUGGAGGCGGGCCUUGCAUGGCGCUUGGCUGGGAGCCGGGACGUUGUUGCGGCGAGCUCAUUGUGACUGUGACUGUGGAAUUGUGAUUUGUUGGUGUUGAAAAGAGGAGGGCCAGCUGGCAGCAGGUGCUGUGCGGCCGACAAGGGAGAAAAGCUGCUGGCGGUAAUUGGCCGUGCUGUUAGGCGGUUUGCAAUGCAACUGGGGCGAUUGCCGAUCAGGCGAUGCGGAGAUAGAUGGGAGAGGCUCUGUUGCGGGUGGUGUCCGAAACAGUGCGUGCGGACUUGGAUAAAUUCUGAGAAUAGGACUUUGUUCGUUUCAAAGGAGGAUGUUUUAGAAGUCGGGGAUUGCGAGGGGGGCGGACAAUGGGAUGAAUUUAUUGUUCGGACAGAGGGGAGGCUAAAACCGAGUUUGUUCGCUG